AUGCACAUUUUCAAACUCCCUUUCGCCCCUGUUUGUCUUCUCGCGGCCCUGGCCGUCUCUGCACCGGUUCCAGGCCCCAAUGCCAUCAUCGACGCCGCACAGCAGUUCGAUAAAGUUGUGGACAGCACUGCAACCGCCAAUGACCAAGCCAAGGCCCAAGUCGGGGUUGCCAAUGCCCAUGCCUAUUUUAACUCAGGCCGCUGA